AUGGAACAUUCAGAAUAUCCCGCCGAUUUAAAUUCGUCGGAACUGGAAAGUCGGAGUUUGAUCUGGAACCCAGAGCAAUUUCUUCGUGGCCGUUCUUCUUCUCCACCUCUCAGCGUCCACGAAGAUUCACGCAAGAUUAAGGAAUCUCCUACGACGCGGUGGCCGCAUCGCGACCAAGCUCCGCGUCCAGAGUCGGUGGUCAUUCACACCACAUCGUCGGAUUUCAUGAACGUCGUCCACCAACUCACCGGGACUCAUAGCUCUGUUUUGGAGCUAAACAAUCCCGCCUCUAACGAUUAUGAUGCCGAAUCCCCGGCGUCGACAAACGGAAGUCCGAGAAGUGAAGAUUUCGUCGAUGGAGGAGGUUCCGGCGAGAGUCAUCGCCACGAUAACGUUUUCAAUCCAUAUAAAAGGAAAAUGUUGCUAACAGAAAAAAAAAUGAGAAUAAGCUCAGAAGAAGGCUUAGGACUUCAAGAUGAUGGUUAUAGCUGGAGAAAAUAUGGCCAGAAAGACAUUUUAGGAGCCAAAUUCCCCAGGGAUUAUUACAGAUGCACGCACCGUAGCACACAGAACUGUAGGGCAACGAAGCAAGUCCAGAGACCGGACGAUGAUCCAACGGUUUUCGAAGUGACAUACAGAGGAACACACAGUUGCUCACAGGCCAUGGCCUCUAACGAUUAUGAUGCCGAAUCUCUGGCGUCGGCAGACGGAAGUCUGAGAAGUGAAGAUUUGGUCGAUGGAGGAGGUUCUGGCGAGAGUCAUCGCCACGAUUACAUUUUCAAUUCAAAGAAAAGGAAAACGUUGCCAAAGUGGACAGAAAAAGUGAGAAUAAGCUCAGAAAGAGGCUUAGAAGGACUUCGAGAUGAUGGUUAUAGCUGGAGAAAAUAUGGCAAGAAAGACAUUUUGGGUGCCAAAUUCGCCAGGUAA